AUGGGCAAGAAGAGCCGCAGUAUCUCCACUGCUACUGGAUCCGUUGCCAGCAACAACGCCGCAGCUUCGACGACGACAAGAACGGCCACCGCCGCCGGAGAGAGAUCGCCCGCCUACGCAGAAGCAGACAGCCAGCACGAGACCCGCUAUCGGAGAUUGAAGAGGAGCUUGAUAUUGAUGACAUUGAGCUGCGGCAUCGCCAUGACCGACCUCCUGGUGCUGAAGGAGGGCGUGACGGUGGUCAUACCGGACCACAAGCCUCUGCUAGCGGUCGGGAUGAUUUUUGGUGAGAGCAAGGCAGCGGCGGUGGUGGCAACGAAUAGGUUUGGGCCCGCUCUGUAA